UGUGAAAGUGUAGAGAGCCGGGUAAAGCACUGCAGGCGGCGCGAAGCUGAGGCUGGAGGAAGAAGAAGAAGAAUAAACAUGGCGUCUGGGUGUGCGUGGUUCCUGGUGCUGGUGUCGGUUUUCAUUUGCAAUUUCAUGAAAAUACUUCUCCCAACAGUGUCGUCCUUUCUGUCCAGAGUGGUCCAGAAAGAUGCGGAGCAGGAGAGCGAGAUGAGGGCAGAGAUCCAGGAGAUGAAGAAGGAACACUCCUCUAUUAGCAUGAUGGACGAGUUUGCUAGAUAUGCUAGAUUGGAGCGUAAAAUCAACAAAACGACGGACAAAUUGAAGACGCAUGUGAAAUCAAGAACUGCACAACAGGCUAAAAUGAAAUGGGUUGUGAACAUACUGUUUUAUAUUUUACAGGCGGCCCUCAUGAUCUCUCUGAUUUGGAAGUACUACUCUGAUCCUGUGACAGUGAUUCCCAGUAAAUGGAUUGCUCCUGUGGAACGCCUGGUGGCUUUCCCAACUGGAGUAACAGGUGGCGUGGGAAUCACAUGCUGGCUGGUUGUCUGCAACAAGGUUGUCAGUCUUGGUCUCCAUGCUGUCAGCUAGGUCAUCAGAGGGUUCUUCCAAUGUAACCAGAUUUUUUUUUUGAGGGCGUAGCUCCCAAUUGUGCUUUCUAAAAACUGUCGCAUUUGGUGGACCAAGUAAGAAGGAUAUGAAAUGUUAAAGCUAUAUGGAUUUACCCUUUGAUGGACAGUCCAUGUUUAUUUUUUAUUUUUGCAUAAUUUUAUUGCUCAAUUAUGCUGUUGUAAAAAAAUGUUUAAAUGAUUUGAGUUGUAUGUAAACAAUGUAAACAUUUUUUAUUUAUUUGAUAAUAAAUUAAUGCUUUGCUGGGAA